AUGUUCAUUGCCGGGUUGAGUCGAGAGGAAUCGCUCAAUGAUGACUUGAGAAAUGAAGCAGCUAUUCACGGAGAUAUACUACGAGCAGACUUCAUUGAUACUUGGCAGAGUAUCGCUGGGCUGAGGUACGUUGCUGCCGUUUGUCCAUCAGUGGAGGCAGUUGUCAAACUGGACGAUGAUGUCGCAUGGAAUAUCCAUCGCACGAAGUUGAUAGUGGACUAUGCCAUAAGGAAUGGGCAUAUUUACUGCGCUGGGUGA